AUGAACAAUAAUCUAAACAUGUCAACUACCAAAGCUCGACAAUACGCGCACCUCCACUCGCAACUGGCGCAGCUCAACGCCCAUCUAGCCGAUACCGAGAACUUGGUGCGAAUGACGGCUGUGCAGGCCGGCGACAUGCGGUUUUUGGGCGGUUAUGUGGGCGGAUUGUUUAUGGGGGCUGCGAAGGUUUUGGGGGAGGAGGGGGUGCAGCAGCAGAGUCAGGGCAAGGGGCCUAAACGGGAAGAGGGAGAGGGAGAAAAGAAGGAGUGA